CCAUGGAAUAUUAUUAGACCCCAGCCAAUCAGAGUCAGGGCCAUAAACGGGGCCACACUCUGUCCAUUUAUACACACAUACACACGAUCGCUCAUCACCAGUCUCACUGAUUCCUCUCUGCUGUUACUCUCAUUGACCAGAACCAUGAGCAGGAAUUUCUUGUCCAUGAACGAUGAGCUCCAUAAGGGAGACUUCCUGUUAUCCAACAACCAAGAGUACAAGGCAAUCUUUCAGGAGGAUGGGAACUUCGUGGUCUACGGCUGGAGACCUCUGUGGGCAUCUGACACGUAUGGCAAUACCAGCGCCCAACGGCUGAUCAUGCAAGAAGACUGCAACCUCGUCAUGUACACACCAGACAAACCCGUGUGGGCCACCAACACCAACUGCUCGAGUGUCAAAAGGUGCCGUUUGACUCUGGGUAACAACGGCAUUCUGGUUGUCGAGAAUGAUGGCAUUGUGGUGUGGAAAUCCACCAAGAAAAAUUAAAAGUAAUGAAGCAAUCCUGUCUGAAAACUCUCCCAGCUUCAUUUCUGUCUGUAAAGUCAAUAAAUCAGUAAAGAGCAUCAGCUGGA